CGUUUAUUGAUUGUUCAAACAUAACCCACCAUUUUUAUAUACCCAUAAUGAAUAACGUCUUUGGAACACGGUCUCAACCUAUUCAACUUCCUUCAGAUGAUGAAGACGAAGGUUAUACUGGUUUAGUGUCAUCUGGUUUGAAAGGCUGUGUACCUUGUUUACCUCGUUUCCAUCUUGGAGGUAUACAAUUACCAUCUGAAAUAGAAGACGCCACUCUUAAUGACUAUUUGGAUCCCAACACUACUACAACUAUUGAACCAUUAUUGGAAGAAUAUAACAAUCAAGAACGACAGAAAGCUUUUGGUGGUGCCGUAUUACAAGACUCCCAACGAUUUUUGACUCGAAAUCCAUUCGCUUCUUCUUCAUUCAACAGCAAAAAUCAAGAUUUGAAAACUAACAAUAAUGAUGAUACCAAUGAACAACAACUCAAUUCGUUUACUAGUGCUGCUCCUCGCCUCGAUUUUUUCCUGGACAAUGAUGAGGAUGAUGCUGAAUUCUUAUCUGAUCAUCGCAUUUCUGCUGUCAUCAGUGACACCUCCAAGUUGGCAAGUCAAUUUGAAGUCUUUGAUACUGAAUUCAACGUCAAACAUCAACCAACGGAUACUUCGGAAUCGGAUAAAAAUAUACAUCAUGAUAAUGCAACUGUAGAUCAAGUUGAACCAUUUGAAAUUCAAAGCGACUGGAAUGAACCAUCAGAUACUCACUCUGCUGCCAAUGAUGAUAUGGAACAAAUACAGGAUGAUGAAGCAAAAGGUUCAAUGGUUGUGGCCGAUGAAAACGACAGCAUACAUGAUAACAACAAUGAUACUGUUAGCAAUAACACUACUGACAACAAUGACGAUAACUAUACGACAUUACCUAACGAGCUGGAAACAGUACCGAUUUCUUCACGUAAAGAGUUAGCAGGCAGUAACAACAGUGGUGAUGACAAUGUACCCGAAGAAUUGGAAGCGAUACACGAAAGUUUGACAGAUGAUAUUAGCGACAAUAACAAUAACAACGAUAUUACAUUAUUAUCUCAAGAAUUGGAAUCAUUAUCGAUUUCUUCACACAAAGAAUUGGCAGACGACAGUAACAAUGAUAAUGCGUCACAAUCUCGGGAAUUGGAAACUCUGUCGAUUUCUUCAAACAAACAGUUGGUGGAUGACUUUAUGGAUCGACCGACGUCUCCAGCACAUUCUAUUGACUUAACAAUCAGACAUUCGCAGAACAUGGACAUAGAUGAUAUGACAAAUAGUUUGGAUGUAAUAGAAGUACAACCAGUGCAGAAAGAAAGUGACAUCAAAUCAACCAUUUUGACACCUUCAUCAGUACCAGCAUCAUCAUCAUCAUCAUCACCUAUGCCAAGUACUUCAACCUCCUGUACGACAAAUACUAGCAAAGAGUUCCCAGCUACAAGCCUUCUCCAUACAACCAUUCCAUUGCCACCAUCAUCAAUCACUCCAGCUCAACCUCAUGAAGAAAACACGAACAACAGUAAUACAGUGAUAACACCAUCUAGAAUCACAAGCGACUCUUCUGUUUCUCCAACGGAAUCAGCAGUUAUGACCACAAAUGGAAGACGUCGAUCAUCAGUAGCAGCUGUAGCACAUUCCUUAUUGGGCGACAAAUUGGAUGAUUUUACGGAAAAACUGGCCUACAUUCGCAAAAACAUUAUCAUGAGUUUGGAUGACGAUGACAACAAUGAAGAGGAAGAUGUCCUUCCUUCAAAACAAUCACAGCAACCCCUUAGAAGAACAAGAUCUGGAUCUAUACAACAAGAAGCACAAAGGCAAUCAUUUGAUCCAUUUACAUCACGAUUUUCUGGAAGAUCAUCACAACAGCAACAACUAUCUACAGAAACUUCACAAGAUCGACAAGCGAGACAUCGACGGAGUAAUUCAUUAAUGGAUGUAGCACCUUCCUUUACCAAACUGGUUCAACAAAUAGGAGGCAAUCAGACGACAGAAGGGGAAGAACGACAUUUCUCACCGUCCUCAUUUUUUGCAUCCUUGGCUGGUCCGGAAGUAUCAACCUCAUCAGCAGCGCCUCCCAAACCUCCUCGAGGAAUGCAAACACAUCCACAACGAUCAUCCUCCAUGCCUGCUCAACAAAGAAUCUCCUCAUCUUCUUUACCACCACAACAACAACAAAACAGAGCUCAUUUAUUACAUGGCGUUGAUGAAGAGGAAUACGAAGAUGAUGAUUUAUUCGACUUUAGUAAAGUGAUUGCCAUGGGGAAAAAUGUACGCAGUAUGAGUGAAGAUUUGAUGGGCAAUGGUAUUCGAUUAUUCAAUGAUUUCUCAACACGAAUGAAAAAUCGAUCUGAUGCAUCUAUCCGCAACACGCAACAACAACAUCAACAACAACAACAACAACAGCAUCAACAACAAGAACAACAAGAACAACAACAACAACCGAUGGAUCAAGAAUUCUUAUUAGGUGAUACUUUUAUUUAGUUUCCUUAUUUUUGUUUUAUUCCUAUCAUUGUUUUUAUUAUUAUUAUUAUUACUAUUAUCUUUUUUUUUUUAUCGUAUUUAUUUAUUCUUCCAUACCACUCAACCAAAUGACAUACAUAU